AUGUCCGUAAUUGGAUUCGUCAUUACUAGGAACAUCGCCUUGCGCGAUCUCGAGCUCGGUGACCCCAAACGCGAACGCCACCGCGAGCGUGCGCGCUUGCGCAAGCUGCCUCGCCCAGAAGAGUACGAUAUCUUUGGCAACCCCUGGGACCGCUUCCCAGACUCCGUCAGGGCCCCCGAACCAGUCCAUGUGCCCGUUACAGGUGGUGUCUCGCGCGGCUUGCAUGUCGAUGAUGAUGAUACCUUCGGGUGCCAGCGCGGACCCGACCUUCCGCACCCCGACGCGUUCGACCUGGCUGAUGAGGACUCUGCGGACCCUAUCCAGGCCCCGCCCCCGGCCCAACAGGGCACCGUCUCCAUGGGCGCUUUGCUGGCCCUCGGCCCGCGUGUGCUCCGAUGGAAGGCGAAAGCGCUGGAUGGCAAGGGUAAGGGAAAGGAGAAGGCGCCGGACAUUGCGGCGCUUUCUGCUGCCGCUGCUACCGCGAAGGCUGUCUUUGAUGAGCCUUUGCCUGAUUGGUUAGCUGAGCCCAAGGCUUCCGCAGGCCCCAGAGACGCACAUUUCACGGAGCUUGACGUGGACCAUCCCGUGGUCACUCCUCCAGACCAUGAUAUCAUGAACAAGGAGCAUGAAUUUCCGAUAGUUGGUGCUCGCCCUGGAGUCCAUAGGGGCUGUACCUGGGCUGGCCAUUGUGACCGUGACUGUGGUGAGGGCCCUUCCAGGCCGACGGUCGCCCGCAACCUGACUUCGCAAGUGUGA